UCACAUUAUAUUACAGGAAUAAUACAAAACUAUAAAUGAAUAUUAGAACAACAAAUUAGUUAGCUGUUAGUUGCUGAGCUAUUAGUUAAGUUCUCCUCAAACGAACUUGAUGGGCCGAAUGGCCUCCUCUCAUUUGUAAAUUUCUUGAUUCCUGAUCAGGAUUCCAAGCUUCAAAACAGUUGUGGGUUAUGCUGAAAAGCCAGGUCCGUGCCAGGAACCCAACUAAUUUAAAUGAACUAGAAAUUCUGAGAGGCUUGCUAAUGGCUACCAAAAGAUUCUGGUUGAUACCCGCUGUACUUGUGUAUGUAAACUUGUGACCACAACUAAAAUGUGUUUUUGUAAAGAAAGCGCCAUCUCAUGGUAACACCCCGCAAGUGAAUAAAUGGGCAGGUUUAGAUGAGAAUUUAGGCACACCCCCAGAAGGAGGGGAGUCAGUCCCUUUGGCUGGCUUUAGGUGGUUCUUUGGUUAAAAACUGGCCUCCACUACCAUUGCUAAUUAUAGAAUCAUCUCACUUAUAUAAAAGUUUUGAAGAGCCAACAGGAUUCGAAGUCUCUUACGCCUCAGGAUGAAUCGGAAGUCAUCGGUCACGUGAUAUUGUAUAAACUUAGCAAGCCCCGGUUCCCAGCUUGAAGUCGCUGGACCACACUUUGAGGAUCAGAAUCUGGGUAUUAACUGUCUCAUCACUAGGUUCAGCACCUUUCACAAUAUAGCACAGCAUGGCCACGGUCAGAAAAUGUGAGCCUGUCCUCCUCCUGAGUAAAGUAAAGCUCACCACGCUCUGUGAGCACAGGAACGGCCCGGCAAUGUUUGGUAGGUUUCUGCAUUGUUUGCAAGUACAGAAUAUUAUCUGCGCGUAAACUAAUUAAGGUAAAUAUGGAAAUUCAUACAAUAUAUGCUGCAGAAUAUGAGCUGAAUGAAGCAUAUUAAAAAUGCAAAGAAUUUAAAAAAAAUUGAACCACUGACCAAAUAUGGCACCUACAGUUGUUUUUCAAAUAGAAUUCUAGAACAGAAUGUUACCGUGACAACUCUGAUGUCAUCAUUCUGAAGGUAUAAAUUGAGCUGUAGGCACUAACACCACUUCAAAAGAAAUCAGACAUUGAGCGUGCUGCAUCUUAACAUGAAGUGGUGUAUUCUGAACUGUAUUAGGCCGCCAGCGGCACCAAAUGACCCUGGGGAAGAUACAGAAAUGAAGGAGGAAAGAAAAAGGAAGGCCAAAGGAGGAAAAAUAAAAUCCUGGCUAAAGAAGUUUUUCACAAAUAAAGGAAAAGGAAAAAAGGCAAUGGAGGAGGAGAGCCAGGCAGUGGUGGUGGAGGAGGAGGAGAGCCAGGCAGUGGUGGUGGAGGAGGAGGAGAGCCAGGCAGUGGUGGUAGUGGAGAGCCAGGCAAUGGUGGUGGAGGAGGAGGAGAGCAAGGCUUUGACUUUCAUAAUGGAGGAGGAGGAGUACAAGGUGAUGGAGGAGGAGUUCAAGGCAAUGGAGGAGGAGGAGAGCAAGGGAUUGGAGAAGGAGGAGAGCAAGGCAAUGGAGGAGGAGGAGUACAAGGUGAUGGAGGAGGAGUUCAAGGCAAUGGAGGAGGAGGAGAGCAAGGGAUUGGAGGAGGAGGAGAGCAAGGCAAUGGAGGAGGAGGAGUACAAGGUGAUGGAGGAGGAGGAGAGCAAGGGAUUGGAGAAGGAGGAAAGCAAGGCAAUGGAGGAGGAGGAGUACAAGGUGAUGGAGGAGGAGUUCAAGGCAAUGGAGGAGGAGUUCAAGGGAUUGGAGGAGGAGUACAGGGCAAUGGUGGAGGAGAGCAAGGCAAUGGAGGAGGAGGAGAGCAAGGCUUUGACUUUCACAAUGGAGGAGGAGGAGAACAAGGCAAUGGCAGAGGAGUGCAAGGCAAUGGCAGAGGAGUGCAAAGCAAUGGCGGAGAAGUGCAAAGCAAUGGAGGAGGAGGAGAGCAAGGCAAUGGAGGAGGAGGAGUACAAGGUGAUGGAGGAGGAGUUCAAGGCAAUGGAGGAGGAGUUCAAGGCUUUGACUUUCACAAUGGAGGAGGAGGAGAACAAGGCAAUGGCAGAGGAGUGCAAGGCAAUGGCAGAGGAGUGCAAAGCAAUGGCGGAGAAGUGCAAAGCAAUGGAGGAGGAGGAGAGCAAGGCAAUGGAGGAGGAGGAGUACAAGGUGAUGGAGGAGGAGUUCAAGGCAAUGGAGGAGGAGUUCAAGGGAUUGGAGGAGGAGUACAGGGCAAUGGUGGAGGAGAGCAAGGCAAUGGAGGAGGAGGAGAGCAAGGCUUUGACUUUCACAAUGGAGGAGGAGGAGAACAAGGCAAUGGCAGAGGAGUGCAAGGCAAUGGCAGAGGAGUGCAAAGCAAUGGCGGAGAAGUGCAAAGCAAUGGAGGAGGAGGAGAGCAAGGCAAUGGAGGAGGAGGAGUACAAGGUGAUGGAGGAGGAGUUCAAGGCAAUGGAGGAGGAGUUCAAGGCUUUGACUUUCACAAUGGAGGAGGAGGAGAACAAGGCAAUGGCAGAGGAGUGCAAGGCAAUGGCAGAGGAGUGCAAAGCAAUGGCGGAGAAGUGCAAAGCAAUGGAGGAGGAGGAGAGCAAGGCAAUGGAGGAGGAGGAGUACAAGGUGAUGGAGGAGGAGUUCAAGGCAAUGGAGGAGGAGUUCAAGGGAUUGGAUAAGUGGUACAGGGCAAUGGAGGAGGAGAGCAAGGCUUUGACUUUCACAAUGGAGGAGGAGGAGAACAAGGCAAUGGCGGAAGAGUGCAAGGCAAUGGCAGAGGAGUGCAAAGCAAUGGCGGAGAAGUGCAAGGCAAUGGAGGAGGAGGAGAGCAAGGGAUUGGAGGAUGAGUACAAGGCAAGGGAGAAAAUGAUGGAAGAAGUGUAGUGUGUAGUGUAAGACUGAACAUAGUCAAUAUGUUCUAUCAGUACUACUUAAACAUGUAAAUACUUGUAAAUACUUAUAAAUAAAGCAUUAAAAAUGAA